UGUAUGUAAUUCUAAACCGCUGAUGACCGAAGUACCAACGGUAAUCCUUUCCAGAAACCAAGAUGGCGUCGCAGAGUAGAGGACUUUGGGAAGGACUACGCAAAUGGUAUUAUGCCAGAGCUGGAUUUAACCAACUAGGACUCAUGCGCGAUGACACAUUACGCAUGACACCAAUUGUGAAAGAAGCCCUUCGGCGUCUGCCAGAAGAUCAGUACAAUGAGAGAGCCUUCCGCAUCAAGAGGGCAUUUAAUCUAACAAUUAGGCACAGCAUUCUGCCCAAGGAGGAAUGGACGAAAUAUGAAGAGGAUUCCCGUUAUCUGAAACCCUACAUCGAUGAGAUAGAACGGGAAUUAAAAGAGAAGAGAGAAUGGACUACUCGCUAGUUGUAUCCUCCCCGUAUUUUCAAGAAGCCAUUGCCGUUCCUAGACCCAAUCUCAGCCUCCCUCCUUUUAAAGAUGUAUUAUAGCUUGUUUUGGACAGAUGUUGAUUAACCAGCAUGAGGUCAAAUCUGAGCCCUGGUAACAGUUGAUUUCAUAGAAAUAAUUGGAAAAGAAAUCGUAGAUCAGAGGAUUGAAGGUCAUAAUUGGGUUGGAACCACAAGGAUGACGUACCCUGUUAACCCAAGACUCUUGGUUUAUGUAUUGAAUGCUGUCAAUGUAAGUUGUACAAUAUUAAGAUUUGGAACCAGUUUAUGGCUGUCUUUUUCCUGGGUUUGUGAAAGACAAUCUUUGGUUUGUAAACUUUGUCAGAGGUCAGGUCAUCCGGAGUGUGAUGCACGAACCAGACAAGACACUUGGAUUUCUUUUUCCACAAUUUAUUGAACGAUUUAGCUUUUUGGUCCAGAUUGCAUGUAAAGAUCAGAAAAAUAAGUAGUUAAACAUUUAUUCUGGAUAAAAACAGGUAGAUGUACCGAUCUGGUUAAUGGAGCAGUAUAAUUACCAGCCAAUGUCACAUUCAAACCAACAUGUCGAGAUAUUAUGUCAUUUUCCAUACAAACAGCCUUGUGAAGAACUCACAUUCUUGACAAACACUGUUGAUGAAAACCUAAUUUUGCUUAAUAUUUAUCUGUGAACAAUUCAAGUCUUUAGUUUUGGCAAUAUUAAGCCUUCACCUGAUUGCAACAGAACUGAUGUCCACGCGUUCUUAUACAGACAUGCAACUACACAACCAUGCACAUUGGUAACAAGCAAAAACAAUUGCAAAGAAUAAGGAAAUACCUUCCAAGUAAUUACUUAUUUCAGAGGUGAAGUUAUAACUGACUAAUUUGUUGUACGAGUGGGGCGUUGCAGUGUUGAUCGUUAUUAUUAAAUUAUAUACGUUUGACAGA